UGAGCUGACAUGCUGUUGGACCGACGAAAUUCCGCAGACUUUCUUCCCAAAUGUUCCUCAGAUUGGAUCAGGGAACUAUGAAGCUGGCGACGGUCAGUCCGUCCUUCAGGGUUAAGAAGGGCCCCCCAUCAUUUUGAACCCCAACCCUCUCGUUCUCUACCUUUACCUCUUGUUGACAAUGCCUUCCCACGCUCAGACCGUGGCCAUAGUAUUGGCCCCUGUAUUGAUUCGGUUUCUCCAGGACUCUCACCCUCAGCUUGUUGCUCAAGUCCUUUUAUCCUUCUGUCUUUUGUCCGUUGCAGUGAUGACGUUGAUUUACACAUUACAUCGCACCCAUACGCAACACUGUACGUUCUUGAACCAUUCUUGCUCAAAUCUAUUCGAAUGCUCAGUGCGUCCUUACAGAAACCACUCCGUGUGUUUCUUCGAACACGCUGUAUGGGCCCGCGGUCACUGGCAAUGGGGUCCCUUGCGCGAGCAAUGUUGGGUGGGGCUUAAUACGGGAGGAGUCUGCCGUCUCAGACUGGUCAGCUCAACCGUGUUUCCGGGCGUUAUUUGCCAUCCGUGCGAUGAUAUUCAGGAUUCCGUAUCACUACUCAAAGACCUCGAAGCCUCUCAGACUGAUGUCGGAGCGAGCGUCGCUCAAAUACAGAAGUGGAUAGAGUGUGCACGCCGUCGUAUCUCGGUGCAUGGAUGUGUUACACUUCUUCCGUCUCUACAGAUGCUCCUCUAUAGACACCAAGCAUCAAUGGACGGAAGGUGGAUGAGAACAUCAGCACUCCACAGCAGAGUUAGUAGCAAACCUGAAGCAUCGUCGAGACCAUCGUUCGCCACAUCCGAGCGACAGCUCGCUGGAUUGUCAGAUGGUCAAUUAGUUUGCCAGUUUCGCGACACCGAUUUCUAUCAAGGGAGUGAACAAACUCGGCAUAUGAGUCAAAGACAUGGGACGGUGCGGGAUCAGGAGGAAGCGAAAAUGACUUUGAGGCACAUACAACUUCGGCUCAUGUAAGAAACGAAAGUACUAUUAUUUCUUUACCUUGGUUAUCCUGCUAUUCAUCCGCCCACAGAUGUUGAAAACUCCUACUACAAAGUCAAAGCAAGCUACGACCUUGUCCCUACCGAAGGUCAAGGGAACAGUUCUCAAUCUCAAUAAACUCUAUGUGUCUUGCA